AAAAUCAGUGUAGUUCGUUGCCUCGUCGUGAGCGGUUGUCUGCCUGCCAUAUACAGCCAAACUCGACUUUGUUCCUCUCUCUUACCAGAGUUGGUAACACGAAAUACGUAAACAUAAUACGAAAACCCGUCGACCGCCUAACAACAACUUGAAGCGUGCAGUUAAAGCGAACCAUUGGAUUAUCGCGCACGUUUCCCAAACAAUCUGCAAAAAUAAUACAAAACAAAACACAACAAACAAAAUUUUAUUUUGACAAACACACAUGUUUUAGUUAAGCAAAUGUGACAAAACAUAAAAUUGGCUAAAUAGAAAAUUUCAAAAAGUGAAACAGUGAAAACUCAAACUCAUCACACAAACAAAAUUAAAACAUUUUAAGUUCUGUUCAUCAACGAUUUGAUUUACUGAAAAGCAGAAAUUGUUUCCAAGCAAUCUUCAAAGAAAAUUAAUAGCACUAUGGAAAACUGAAAAUCCCAACGAAAACUCAAAACGAAACGCAGCAAUAGCAGCGCAGCACAGCGAGCAAACUGAAAGACAGAAAAGUAAUAAGAAACAGAGAUCCCAAGAUGCAGCGAAACAUGAUGAUCGCGUUCGUGGGCAUCUGGUGCAUUUUGGCCAGCAUUGGAGUGGAGCCUGCGGCUGGAUUGGCCAAUUGCCCGCCCGGCUGCCAGUGCGAUGAUAAUACCCUGGUGGUGCAGUGCGGCGAGGGCCAGCUGGACGUGCUGCCCAUUGCCCUCAAUCCCUCCAUCCAGCGACUGGUGAUCAAGAGCAACAAGAUCAAGACCAUCGACUCGUCCAUCCAGUUCUACGCAGAGCUGACCUUCCUCGACUUGUCCUCUAAUCACCUGAUGACCAUCCCGCAGCGCACCUUCGCCUACCAGAAGAAGUUGCAGGAGGUGCAUCUGAACCACAACAAGAUCGGCCAGAUCAGCAACAAGACGUUGAUUGGUCUGUCGGCAGUGACUGUCCUGAAUCUGCGUGGUAACCAAAUCUCUGAGUUGCACCAGGGCACUUUUAGUCCGCUGCUGAAGCUCGAGGAGCUGAAUCUGGGCGAGAACCGCAUUGGUUUCCUGGAUCCCAAGGCCUUCGAUGGACUCUCCCAGCUGCGCAUCCUGUAUCUGGACGACAAUGCCUUGACCACCGUUCCCGAUCCAGUGAUCUUCCAAGCAAUGCCUAGUCUGGCCGAGCUUUUCCUGGGCAUGAACACUUUGCAAACCAUUCAGGCUGGUGCUUUCCAGGACCUCAAGGGUCUCACUCGUCUGGAGUUGAAGGGGGCCAGUCUGCGCAACAUUUCGCACGACAGCUUCUUGGGUCUGCAGGAGCUGCGCAUCCUGGACCUGUCCGACAAUCGCCUGGAUCGCAUUCCCUCCGUGGGCCUCAGCCAAUUGGUUCGCUUGGAGCAGCUCGCGCUGGGACAGAACGACUUUGAGGUGAUCAGCGAGGGCGCCUUCACGGGCCUGAAGCAACUGAAGCGUCUGGAGGUGAAUGGAGCGCUCAAACUGAAGCGUGUGAUGACCGGAGCCUUUGGCGGCAAUGGCAACCUCGAGUAUUUGAAUCUCUCGUCCAACAAAAUGCUUGUGGAGGUGCAGGAAGGUGCACUGAGUGGACUGCCCCAUUUGAGGCAUGUGGUGUUGAAGGCCAAUGCCUUGACCUCGCUGGCCGAGGGACUCUUCCCCUGGAAGGAUCUCCUAACUCUGGACCUCUCCGAGAAUCCUCUAUCCUGCGACUGCCGCGUGAUGUGGCUGCAUAAUCUGCUGGUGGCCAAGAAUGCCAGUCAGGAUGAUGUGUCCGAGAUAUUGUGCGAAUUCCCCGAGCGUCUGCGUGGCGAAUCCCUGCGUCACUUGAACCCCGCCCUGAUGGGCUGCACCCAUGCCGAUCCUCGCAAGCAGGCGCUGAUCGGAGCUCUCCUGGUGGGAUCCGCGGCCACAAUUACCGCCUUGGCUUUGGUUCUGUACCGCUGUCGCCACAAGAUCCGCGAGACCAUCAAGGGCGGUCUGUGGGGCAACUCGGCGCUGGGCCGCAAGGAGCGAGAGUACCAGAAGACCUUCUGCGACGAGGACUACAUGUCGCGCCACCAGCACCAUCCCUGCUCCCUGGGCAUCCACUCCACAUUCCCCAACACCUACACAGCCCCACAUCACCCCGGUGUGAACCAUCACUAUGGUAUGUGCCCGAUGCCAGUGAAUGAUCUGGGUGCAGUUGAUCCCCAGCAGAAGUUCCAGCAGUUGGCAGUGCCCACGGCCACAAUGAUCAGUGAAAAGAAGCUGAACAACAACAAGGCUUUGGUGGCACAGGGAGCCAUCGAUGACAGUGCUUCCUUUGUGCUGCACAUGAAGUCGGCCACUAUGGGACGGGAUGUGCAUCAGCAGAAUCCGCAGCUCAACCACUACACCAAGCCGCAGUUCCUGGCGGCCACGGCGACAGUGGGUGACUCCUGCUACUCGUAUGCGGAUGUGCCCAUGGUGCACGGUGCUCCGUUGGGCGCCACAAAUCAGCCCCAGUUGCGCCUCACCCAGGAGCACUUCAAGCAGCGCGAGAUGUACGAGCAGGAGAUGGGUAGCGAGAUCCUGGACCAUAACUACAUCUACAGCAACACUCACUACUCGAUGCCGCUGGAGCAACUGGGUCGCAGCAAGACGCCCACCCCACCACCAAUGCCUCCAGCUUUGCCCCUGCGGAAUGGACUGUGUGCCACCACAGGCCGUAGGUCCUUCCAGCAGAAGUCCGCAUCGCAGAAGCAGCAGCAGCAGCAGCAGAAUAACAACACCCUGCGUCAGUUCACGCACUGAUCCUCGACCUAUCGACGCAGGCAGCUGAGCAUCUAUGCUUAGUAGUGCGCUGCCCAACACUGUGAUGCCAAAAACCCCCCAAAAAACCACUCCCCACUCCAACACCCCA